GCUGUUUUGAAGGUUUCUGGAGGUUUAAUGAGCAGAAUGUGAAGCUGAAGGGAGGAAACAGUUAAAGCUGGGAGGAGGAGGAGGAGGUCCAGAAACAGGAGGAGGGAGUUUCUUCUUCUGUUCUUUCUCUGGUUCUUCAUUUCUUCUGCAGUCAGACGCUGUGAGGAUCUUCUGAGAGGAUCUCCGGCCAGGAAACAUCCAGAGGAAAUGGAGCUCUGCUGCUGGAGCUGCUCUGUGAUUGGCUGAUCUCUGAUGUCAUCAUGGCUCACCUGUUCCUGGCCAGUCACAUGUCUGAUGACCUCCAGGGUAAAGGCGGAGGCGUCCGGACGCCCAAGAGCUCCGUGAAGGUUCUGAUCUCCUCUGAAAAGAUGGUCCGGGACGAAUCCAGAAAGGACGGCUCCGUCGUCACAGCGACGCGAGUUCCUCACAUCAACGAGGUCCAGCUGAUGGCGGCGACCGGCGGCGCCGAGAUGUCGUGCUACCGCUGCACGGUGCCGUUCGGCGUGGUGGUGCUGAUCGCCGGCGUGGUGGUGACGGCCGUGGCCUACACCUUCAACAGCCACGGCUCCAACAUCUCAGUGCUGGGACUGGUCCUGCUGGGGGCUGGACUGGGCCUGCUGGGAUCCAGCGCCAUCUGCUGGAGGUUCCGGGGGAACAGGAAGAAGGACAAAAGGAGGGAGAGUCAGACGGCCCUGAUGGCCAGCCAGGGGUACUGUGAGGUCUGAAGUAUCCCAACUUAUUCAACCUUUAAAGACCUACAGGUUCCUCAGAUUCUGAACCAGAACACAAGUUCUUCUGGUUCCUCUGAAGAUGCCUGAAAGGAUCCAUCUGAGGACAGGAAACAUCUGCUGAGACUUUAAACCGGACGUUCUAGACGAAGGAUUGACAAAGUUCUAGUCCUGAGACAAAGACCAUGAAGCUUUUAGGACCACAGAACCAGUUGUGUUCUGAUGUUCUGGUUGGACAAGUUGAGACAUUUAAGGAUGAGUUUGGGGAAUGCUGGAGGAGAAGAGAUUUUUUCCUAAAGGAUAACUUAGAUCUUUCAGUGUAUCAACAUCAGAUAAAUCAACUUUUAUAGGGACUCUGGAUGCUUCUAAAAGGAAGGUUUGGAUCAGAGUGUUCUGACCAACGUCUGUAGCUUUAGACAAAAAUGUGUUCAUAGAUUAGUGUUUCCAGAACAGUCGAGCAUCCACUGUAGCGUUAUAUCUGGGUUGUGGGUUCGACCGCUCUGACACUAAGACCUAGACCAGAAAGUAUGACAGCAAUAACACAAAACUCAUUUUGGAUGUUUUGUGGGUUCGACCAAUCUGCUUCUAGCCCCUUCAAUUAUUUAUUAAUUUGCAAAAAAAAUUAAAACCUGAAUAAUUACAAUUAAAAAAACACAACAAACUAUUGUUGCUGCAAUUUAUUACCAAAAAGGUACAUUUCCAGUUUAAAUCUAAAAACUUCUUGAAGUCACUACAAAAUUUUCAGAGUCGAUUAGAUUUGUGGUUUUUGUUAAGUGAAUGAUUUGUGGUUUUUGUUCAAUGAAUGAUUUGUGGUUUUGUUAAGUGAAUGAUUUGUGGUUUUUGUUCAAUGAAUGAUUUGUGGUUUUUGUUAAGUGAAUGAUUUGUGGUUUUUGUUCAAUGAAUGAUUUGUGGUUUUUGUUAAGUGAAUGAUUUGUGGUUUUUGUGUUGGGAAACUGCUGAAUUUCUCUGACGUUAAUAUAAAUCUGUAUUUUCAGAAUCAGAAUUCUGAUUGACGCAAACACAGCAGAGUUUGUGUUGUUUGCGUGUUUAUUUCUGGAUUUCUGCACGAUUCUCCCAAAGGUUUCAUGUUUUCAGACCAAACAAUCCAUCAGUUUAUCAAAAUGUGAUCCAGACACCAUCAGAUGGUAUAAACGUUCAGCUUAGGGAUUAAAAAUCUGUCAUGAUGAUGAUGAUGAAGUACAGAAUCUGGCGAAUCACUGCUAAUAAGCUAUAAAAGACGUUCUAAAGGUACUUGGUCGUUGAUGUACAGACGUCAGUAGGUCGCUUUGUGUUCGGCUGAGGAUGUAAAUGUUGGAUUUGAACUUUGAUUUGAUGUUUCUGAGGAGACUUUUCCUCUGAUGUGGGGUUCAGACUGAAGAUCAGACACUCAGAUCGGUUUAUUUUAAACUCCUGACAGACGACAUGUUGGUCAGAAUCCUCAAAACCACAAAUUUUCUGUUUAAAAAUUCAUGUACAACAUGAACAAAUGUGAAAAAACUAAAGAAUCUGAACGUCUUUUGAAUCAAUCACAACUGUGUGAUCCAAGAUGUUCCUUUAGAACUUUAUUGUUAGUUAAAUUCAUUCAGAUUGGUCAAAAACCAGCCUAAACCACAGUGGUUUUGUGUGUUUUUGUAGUGAUUUUCCAUCUCUGUUGGGUUUUUGUGCACAUUUCUGAUGUCUCUAUGGGCAUUUUGCAUCUUUAAAUGGUGGUUUUGUGUGAUUCUGUGCUAAAUGUGCACUUUUUUAGUGAUGAUUUUGAGUCUUUUGCUGGUAAUUUCAUCUCUUUUGGUGAUUUGGUGGUGUGGUAGUCUGUUCCUCCUGCUGCCACUAAUAAUGGAUAAAUCCUACAAGACUGCUGAUGUAGAACUUUCCUUUUCAUGAUAGUAACUUCAGUUUGUCUGGCCAAUGAGAAUUUGGUCAAAAAAUAUGAAAUUGUAACAAGCUUACAUCACAUCAGUCCCAGGGACGGCAGAUGGAAAAUAGCAAUAGCUAAAUCUGGUACAAAGCAUCUCUUCUUUUCAAGAAUAAUGCAUUUGUACAUGGUCCCUGACAAAUAAACUAAUAAAAUAAAUAAAAAAUAAAAACAAAAAAUCAUCUGUUUACUAGAAGUUCUCCACCAAGUUAGAUAAAACUCCACCACAAAUCUAAACUGAGAGCAUGCCGGCCUUCAGUCUGAACCCAGCAUGAGAAGACCUGAGCAGCUCACAAACAGGCUGGUUUCUGAUUUGCAUGUUUCUUUGUAUGUGCAGUGCACUAAGAUCCACACAUCAUGUAUUCACUGUAUUAUUAGCUCUGUCAGCUCCAUCUUAUUUAUUCUGUAGCAAACAUAUUAAAGAAACAAUUCAAUAAGA